CGCGGAGCCGCCUCCCGCAGCGCUCUGCGGCCGGGCAGCGGGAGAGGAGCUGUCGGGGCGGCGCCCAAGCAUAGCUGGUAGAGUUUGCCCGGCCGCCGGCUGCCUCCUCCCCUUCCCUCCCCUCCCCUCUUCGUGGUUUUGAAUUUUUUUUUUUUUCUUCGCCUUUUUGGCGAAGGGGGAACUGGGGCUGCUGCUUCGCGCUCCGCGGCGCCGGAGUGGAUGCGCAUGGACCGGUCCUCUGGAAACGGCUCCCGGCGUUUCCCCCCCCCAAAAAAAAUCCCAGCCCCACCAACCUACCCAGUUGGAUAAUUGAAACGGUAUUUGGCAAUAUCCAGUAUUGCUAAGGGUAAUGCAAUUCCUACUUCCACUCCCCUCCCCGGGCCUCCUGGCAUAGAGGCUGUCUUACCAAGGUUAAUGCAAACGUUGGAAAUGAAACCCUGCUGCAGAGGAGCACACCGACCUGUCACAUUCACUCCGCUUUCACCUAACACCUCUGAGGCCAGUUUUUCCUCCAAGUUAUCCUGGCUGGAAAAUGUGGAGCAACUGGUAAUGCUGGUGGAGUAGCAAAGCGAGGACCACAGCCUUCUGGAGAGAGACGUGGCAAAGGGAUCACAGCCAGCAUGCUGCAGCUCUUGUGGCCUCAAUAGGAAACAUGAAGGUAGCUUCUACUGGUAAAGAUCACCUUUAAAAGGGAACAUGGAUUUAAUAAACUCAACAGAACAAAACAGUACGUCAGCAGAACUAUUCAAAUGGGUGACAUCCAAGAUUCUCAUUUCCAUUACCUUGUCUGUACUUGCACUAAUGACAACAGCCAUCAAUUCUCUUGUGAUGACUGCAAUAAUUGUGACAAGAAAGCUCCACCACCCCGCCAACUAUUUAAUCUGCUCUCUUGCAGUGACUGAUUUCCUUGUGGCAGUCCUAGUGAUGCCCUUCAGCAUUGUCUACAUUGUAAAGGAGACAUGGAUCAUGGGGCAAGUGGUGUGUGACAUUUGGCUGAGCGUGGACAUUACAUGUUGCACAUGUUCCAUCUUGCAUCUCUCUGCCAUUGCUUUGGAUCGGUACAGAGCAAUCACAGAUGCUGUGGAAUAUGCACGGAAAAGGACACCAAAGCAUGCAGGUAUCAUGAUUGCAGUGGUAUGGAUAAUAUCCAUUUUUAUCUCCAUGCCGCCUUUGUUUUGGCGGCACCAAACAACCAGCAAGGAUGAUGAAUGCAUCAUCAAACAUGACCACAUUGUUUUCACCAUUUACUCUACGUUUGGCGCCUUCUAUAUCCCAUUGGCCUUGAUUCUGAUCCUUUAUUACAAGAUAUACAAGGCAGCAAAGACAUUUCACAGAAGAAGCGUCAGCCGGAUCGUCAGGGAGGAGGUAAAUGGACAAGUCCUUUUGGACGCAGGUGAAAGAAGCACCAAAUUGGCUUCAAUGCCCAGCACAACAGAAAAGACAUCAGAUCCACUGGUGGACUGUGAUAAAAUCAAUAUCACCGUACGAAGCCCCAGGUCUGAAUCUAAGCACGAGAAGUCCUGGAAAAAACAGAGAAUCUCUAGCACAAGAGAGCGAAAGGCAGCAACUACUCUGGGUCUGAUCCUGGGGGCGUUUGUGAUCUGCUGGCUUCCUUUUUUUGUAAAAGAAGUAGUUGUUAAUACCUGUGAAAGAUGUCACAUCUCAGAAGACAUGUCUAAUUUCCUAGCAUGGCUGGGAUAUAUCAAUUCCCUUAUUAAUCCUCUAAUCUACACAAUCUUUAAUGAAGAUUUCAAGAAAGCAUUCCAGAAGCUUGUGCGGUGUAGGCAAUAUUUCUAAGAGCUUUUGUUCAUAUAAGGAGAACAUAUUCAUUGUUUUUUUUUAACAUGUAUAAAUUUAUAUAACUGAGUUCACAUUUGUUGUAUUUAAGGAAAAACACCAAGACUCUGCAUUUACAUAAUGACUCUUUUGUAUUAGUAGUACUGGGAGCAUAAAUUUCCCAAGUUUUAAAGAGAUGGAUCUUCUGGGAUCAGUUUUGCUCUGGAAAAGGAGGUAGCAUUUACUCAUUGUGACCCUGACCCACCUGGGAUUUGCAGAGCCACCUAGUUUGAAGCAUUCAGGUAUUAUCUUAAAUAUAAAGGAAAUACAUGCUUGAAGUAGACAAAACAAAGAAACAAAAUUAGAAAGAAAGAAAAGAAAAAAAAAAAGUAACGACUAACCAAUGAAGUUUUAAGUGAAACACCACACGGGUUUUGGUCUCCAUUGUCAAAAUACAGCUUGGAAUUAAAGACUUAACAUUAUUAAUUUGUCACAGGCCUGCAGCAUAGAGCCAAGCCAUUCCCAGCAAAGGGUGGUAGCUUUAAACAUACCUAGCAUCAUCCUCUGUUAACUAGUUGAGUGCAGCUGCAGCUCUGCCCUUCCCUAGAUGAAGGACUUUUCUGGGUUAUGCCCCAGCAGUAGUCAAGGCACUUUCAUGGGUUAGCAGUUCAUAGCAAGCCAGUGUUACAUGCCCUCUGCCGCUGCACACACAAGACAGAUGUGGGCACAGCCUCAGGGGAAUGGCUAGUAGUCAGGGCACCUCACAUGAUUUGCACGCAUACAAUGCCUGGUGCUCAGAGACACCAUUUGAAUAGGGACUAUGGAGAGUUUACCUCAUAAAGUGCAGCUGGUCCUCCUUAUGGGGAUGUUGGAAAGAAGAAAAACAUGAAAUACUCUCUGUUCCCUCAGCCCUACCUCAUAUACCUGGCUGGCACAGCCCCCACGGCUUUCUGAGCACCAAACCCAGCCAGAGAGCUUGUGCCAGGGCCACUGGAGCAUUGCUGAAGGUGGGUGGCUCAGUGAGCUUGGGCUGAAGGCCACCUACUGAAGCUCCAGCUCAGCAUAUGCUGGAAGCCAGUUAGGCCCGAAGCCUAACAUCCCCUGAGUUUUUCUCAACUGCCUCAAGCGCUAGAGCUGUGAGCCCUCUUCCUAGCUGAGUGAGAAAGAAGAGACCAACUGCAGUGCAAGCACCGUGGGUCCCAAGAAAAGGUCCUUCAGCAGCUUCUCCAAAAAGGGCAGGGGGAGUGAUCUCAGUCAGCAGCACACACCUGGGGAGGGGAAGCUGCAGAAUGCUCAGGGGCUGGCGCCUCCAAACCCCCAGUUUCCCCAGAGUAUCUAGUCCCAGUCCCAGCAAAGCCAAAGGGACCUGUAUGCACUCCAGCCAUCCCCAGCCAACUGCUCUGGCCAAAGAUAGCCACAAUGAACAAGGCCUUUAGUGGGCUGCCUGCAAAGGCCUCAAAGACGCACCUUGGCCGACCUUGAUUUACACACCAAGACACAGCACUAAAAAGUGCAACAGCCGUUGCCUCAAAACUAUCAGUGCAAGUUUGUCAGCAGCUAAGGGUACUAACAAGACAGUGGGCUUUUACCCCCACAGUGCAGAUGAGUAGCUAAGAGCCACCACAGAGCCCAGGGAUGGGUUUUGCACUUUUCAGGUCAGACAGAUUUAGACUGCAUCAUCAAGACUCUGGCUUUGCAUUUGCUGCCAGCCAUUCAAUACUGGCCAGCAGGAACAGGGACUGGAGGCUCCUUACAGGAACUACAAAUCCUGCUGUCAGCUGCAGCAGUCCUUCAGAGAUGCUCUGACUUGGCACAUGGGCUGGCAGCUUUGGGAUGUCACAAAGAAGCUGAGACAUGAGACCACUACACAGAGCCUUAGUUUGGGAAAGGUGUCACCAGUCUUUGCAGCUUUUCUUCCAAGAGACUUUUAGCAUUUUGUAUUAGACAAGAAAAUCCAGAAAAAUGCUGUCACUGUUGUUUCUCUCUCCUGCUUCCCCCCCCCCCUUAUAUUCCAAACUGUGGAGCUUAAUGAUUUUUGUAUUUUGCCCACUAGCUACAAGCUCCCACAAUAGCUGUCAGAGGUGUUUCAUGCAAGAUGACAAGGUUUGAGACCUAGGAUAUUGAACUAAUUUGUUUCUGUCACUUGAAACUUACUAUAUUCUGCUUUCACAUCAAGAUCCAAAUGAGAUACUACUCAGAAGUACUAGUAACAAUGCAUUUCUUUUACCGCUGAUUUUAACCCCUGCAGGAGCCUAGUGGAAAGCUUACUUGUCACACCACAUAGCUCUAGCGCAGCAGUAGCACAGCUAAAUUUUGAAGGCACUAGGAUGCAGCAGCAUGUAAUUUGGCUUGCGCUCAGCAUAAGCAAAUGCACUUGAUACCACUGCAGUCAGACUACAGCUGCGGCAGCCCCCGUGACCUCAGCACUGGCUAUAUUAUGCUAAAAGAAAAUAACCAUUUUGAAGAUCAGCUGUGCUCUGCUGUCUCCAGAAAGAUCCUCAGAAUUGUUUCCUCAAAGGAUUACCAGAUUAGCAGAAGGCUGCAAGGAAACCACACUGAAACGUUUAAGGUUUAAGACCUUUGCUUCCCUUGUUUCCUGAGUACCGUGUCAUAACAUGGGACGUCUAGAGCCACAGCUUCCACUCCACCUGCUUUUCCCUUUAUAUCUGCUGGAGGGCAGCGUAUAUCGCUUUUCCUCUUACAUGUAAAAAGUUUGACAAUACCUUGUGAAAGCAAAGUGGAAGAAAAACUAGGGGUUGCUUCUGAGGAGAAAAGAUGCUUAAGAUACUCAUAUUUAAAUAACAAUAGUAAGGCUCAAAGAAUGGAGUAGCAUGUAGAUAAACAGAAAAUAGCUGUCAUUUAUGCACUGUCAACAGUAUUAUACUCUGAAUCUACUUAAGCUGCUAAACAUUUCUCAAAAUGCAAAGGUGGUUUCUUUUGUAUCCUUUUCACUGAGCUGUAUCUGCUCACCCUUCAACACCCAGUGGUGGAAGAUGCAACUACAAGAAAUCUAAGCAAACAAGCGGAUAGUUAUCUUAUUAAAAGCACUUACGGAUUGUG